AAGGUCUGACCAAACACAACAGUAAACUGCAAAUCUUUUCUGGGUUUCCCAAUGGAAGAAAUCAAAUUAGCAAGGUAAAGUAAGCAAAUGAGCAAUAGGAAAAAAUAAAUGAAAUAAAUAAAGGAGGGAAAAACAAACAUAUUACGGAGUACACUGUAAUUAAUAAAGCUAAAAACUUUUUUCAAUUCAACCAACAAACAAAAAGGAGAACAUAAAAAAAAGUGAGAAAUUUCUUCCUUUGGAUUCUCAUUCUCUUUUCUCUCUCUCACUUUGAUCUCACGCCUACAAGCUCAUUUCCCCAUUUUUCUGUACUGGGUUCUCUAAAUUCAAGCUAAUUAAUUUCUGGGGUUGCUUCUCUUUUCUUGUUUAAGCUCCAAUUUUUCAUUUUCUGGGUUGUUUAUGCAGCAACAAAUCGAGAGAUUUCUGGGUUUAUCUCCUCCAAUUUAUUGGAUUAGGUGAAAAAAAUUGGUUGGCUUUAAUUUAUUUGAAGUGGGUUUGGUUUGAUUUGUUCUUAUUUAGGUUUCUGGUAGAGAUUCUUUUGGUGUUUUCUGGGCUUAUAAAAGUGUAAAUUUUCAUAGCAAAGUGUAUGUAAAACUCUGUCAAAAAAAAAAAAGUCCCCCCCUUUAAUUUUUUCACUAUUUAUGAGUAUAUUAGUUCAAAAUUUGGUGAAUUUCUGUAAAAAUUUCACCUUUUUUUGGUAGUAAUAAUUUGUGAUUUAUAAGAACCCUAAAGUCUAGAUUCUUCCUCUGGCUGAAGAGCUAAGAGGAAGGUUUAACAUUGUGGAGAUCUGGGAACUGUUCCGUGCUCUAUGUCCUAUGAGGACAUUAUUUAAUUCUGAAUCUUGUAAAGAAACACAUUAUCUCAAUGUUCUAAAUCCACAGUCAUGGCUUCAAGUUGAAAGAGGAAAAUAUUUCCAAGGUAGCAGCUGCUCAAUUGGAUCUCUUAUCAAGGUUCCUGAACCACCUAUUGUCCCGCACUUUAAGCCUCUUGAUUAUGUACAAGUUUUAGCUCAAAUUCAUGAAGAACUCGAAUCGUGUCCGAAGAAUGAGAGGUCAAAUUUGUAUUUACUACAGUUUCAGGUGUUUAGGGGACUAGGAGAGGUUAAAUUGAUGCGUAGGAGUCUUAGGACUGCUUGGCUUAAGGCUAGUAGUGUUCAUGAGAAGAUUAUAUUUGGGUCAUGGUUGAAGUAUGAGAAGAAAGGAGAGGAGAUUAUCUUUGAUCUGCUUGGUUCUUGUAGUAAAUGUGCUAGAGAGACUGGGCCGAUUGAUGUGUCUUCUGAACUUCAAGUUGAUUGUGGUUCGCGGUCCUCUGAGGAUGCGUCCAUCAGUGGGAGUGAUAGUGCUGAGACUGUUGUUUUUCGGAUUGGGAAUGAGAGAGUACAUUGUGACAGACAAAAAAUGGCUCGUCUUUCAGCUCCAUUUCGUGCUAUGUUGAACGGUUGCUUUACUGAAUCAUACUGUCAGGAAAUUGAUUUUUCGGAGAAUGAUAUAUCACCAAAGGGUAUGGAAGCAAUCAGUGAAUUUAGCAAGGCUGGAUGUUUAGAUGAAGUCUCUCCAGAACUACUAGUAGAGAUAUUGAUUUUUGCUAACAAAUUCUGCUGUGAGGGCUUGAAAGAUACAUGUGAUCGAAAACUUGCAUCACUUGUUUCCUCCAGGCAGGAUGCAGUGGAUCUUCUGGAAUGUGCAAUAGAGGAGAAUUCUCCAAUACUUGCAGCCUCAUGUUUGCAAACUUUUUUACAUGACCUUCCCGAUUGUUUAAAUGAUGAUAGGGUUGUGGAAAUUUUAGGCAAUGCUAACAGGGAACAGUUGUCUAUUGUGGUUGGACAAGCCUCAUUCUCACUCUUCUGUUUAUUAAGUGAAGUUUCCAUGAGUCUUGAUGCUAGGUCUGACACAUCUGUGUUAUUCUUGGAACGAUUGGUGCAAUCCGCAAAGGAUAAUCGACAAAAAAUGAUAGCUUUUCAUCAGCUAGGUUGCGUGAGGCUUCUUCGGAAAGAAUAUGAUGAAGCUGAACAGCUUUUCCAGAAAGCUGUUAAAGAAGGCCACACGUACUCAAUUGCUGGUCUGGCUAGAAUAAGUUACAAUAAGGGCAAGAAAAGUUGGGCGUUUGAGAAGCUUAACUCUUUAGUUUUAUCAUCAACUCCUUUGGGAUGGAUGUACCAGGAGAGGGCCCUCUAUUAUGAAGGAGAUAAGAGGUGGGAUGACCUUGAGAGAGCAACUGAAUUAGACCCAACACUUACUUAUCCAUACAUGUAUCGGGCCGCAACCUUUAUGAGGAGACAAGAGGCUGAAGCUGCAAUUGGUGAAAUAAAUCGUGUUCUUGGUUUUAAACUAGCUUUAGAAUGCUUGGAACUCAGAUUUUGCUUCUAUCUAGCGCUAGAGAAUUACGAAGCAGCCUUUUGUGAUGUUCAGGCCAUUCUCACUCUUUCUCCUGGCUAUCGAAUGUUUGAAGGCCGUGUUGCAGCAACCAAACUUCGUAUGUUGGUGCGUGAGCACGUCGAGAAGUGGACAACUGCAGACUGCUGGUUGAAGUUAUAUGACCGGUGGUCUUCAGUAGAUGAUAUUGGAUCCUUAUCUGUAAUUUAUCAGAUGCUUGAAUCUGAUGCAGCAAAAGGUGUCCUGUACUUCAGACAAUCAUUACUUCUCCUAAGGUUGAAUUGUCCUGAAGCAGCCAUGAGAAGUUUGCAGUUGGCUCGUCAACAUGCUUCAAGUGAAGAUGAGCGUCUGGUUUAUGAAGGCUGGAUAUUGUAUGACACUGGACACUGUGAGGAAGGGCUUCGCAAGGCAGAAGAGUCGAUAAAACUUAAGAGAUCAUUUGAGGCUUUCUUCUUGAAAGCUUAUGCAUUGGCUGACUCUAGUCAGGAUCCAUCUUGUUCUUCAGCUGUUAUUACACUUCUUGAGGAUGCUCUAAAGUGCCCUUCGGAUAGGCUGCGAAAAGGUCAGGCUCUGAACAAUCUUGGGAGCGUCUAUGUUGACUGUGGAAAAUAUGACUUGGCAGCCGACUGCUAUGUUAAUGCCCUUAAGAUCCGUCAUACCAGAGCUCAUCAAGGCCUUGCUCGAGUUCAUUUCCUCAAGAAUGACAAGACUGCUGCAUAUGAAGAAAUGACUAAGCUAAUUGAAAAGGCGCAGAACAAUGCAUCUGCAUACGAAAAGAGGUCAGAGUACUGUGAUCGUGACUUGACCAAGGCAGACCUGGAAAUGGUUACCCGAUUAGAUCCACUUCGAGUAUAUCCAUACCGUUAUCGAGCUGCAGUGUUGAUGGACAGCCACAAGGAGAAAGAAGCCAUAGAAAAGCUUUCAAGGGCGAUAGCAUUCAAAGCCGAUGUCCACCUGCUGCACUUACGAGCAGCAUUCCAUGAGCACAUUGGUGAUGUCAUGGGUGCCCUCCGGGAUUGCAGAGCUGCUCUUUCUGUUGAUCCGAACCAUCAAGAGAUGUUGGAGCUUCAUAGUAGGCAUGAGCCCUGAUCAUUCUACAGAAAUUUGCAUGUUCAUUUCUUGUAAAUUCCCAAGCAUAUGUAUUCGAAUGAGGUGUCAUUAUUUUUUUUCGCCUCAAGUUUUGUAACCUUUAUGUUCAGUGUAGUGUAUUUAAUUACAGUGAACAGAAAAUGAAGAAAUUCUUAUAGCUUCUGGAAGGGCUGUUACCAUUGAUGCAUUCGCUGCAUCCUAAAAAGUGUUGAAACCCAACAUUUUAAUCAA